UAAUUGAGGGUUUAUAAUCUAAACGUCAACAUUUGGGCUCCUUUUACGUGGGUAUCUCAUAUUGCUCAAAAUACAGUCAGUAAAAAUAAUUCAACCCUAGUUUGAGCACACAAAACACAACUCCAGGCAUGUUUUUGAAGAGGUGAUAGCAUUAUAACAUAGCUAAACACUCACACGAUUCAGUUUUGUGUGAUAUUGGACUAUUAUGCAAGACUGUAAUGGAUAAUGAUAAACUUGGUGACAUUGGUGAACAACUCUAGCCUCCGCCCACUCAGCCCAACUUGCAUCAUUGCAUUUUGUACGUCAGCUCUCAUAGUAUAAAGGUCCAUGCUAGGCGGAUACGGAGGGAAUCUGGGAGUUCAACAACAUGCAUAUUCUAUUUGGAGAUGGGGAAACAGCAACAACAUGAUAUAUUCUGGCAGCUGGAGCUUUUUUUCAAGACACACUUUUUGCAGCAGCUGGCCGUGCUAGUGCUGUGCCAUGGCUGGGCUGUAGCUGGCGAUGAAGCACGUUACUUCCUGGUUCAAGGGCCUAUGUCCUGGAACCAAUCCCGGGAGUUUUGUCUGAGACAUUUUGUAGACCUGGCUGUCAUGAACACAGAAAGAGAAUAUUGGCAUCUCUACAAUCAAACUGAUGGAAAGGAAGAGAGCUUCUGGAUCGGCCUGCUCCGUAUUAAUGACAAAAACUGGACUUGGGUUGAUGGGGAAAGUCUACUCUAUAAGCAGUGGUGGAGCAACAACAUUGGCUUCUGUGUAAGUUUGGAAGCAAAGUUGACAACACACAAGAAGAUGUGCUCCCGAUAUUGUAAUGAGCCACAUGCAUUUGUCUGUCAGGGGCCCUUGAUGGUGGGACCACAGAAUGUGUCAUGGGUCUCACACUUACACAGUGUCUCUUUGAGCUGGAAUGUGUCUGCUUUCAUGCAGAGGAGAAUUCAUAGUUACACAGUCACAACAUGCUUCAAUACCUGCAGUACCUCUACUUAUCAUUACACCGGGACCAAUGACACCUUCACUGUUUACAUCUCCAACCUAACCUCAGCCACCAACUACUCCUUUAACAUCACCGCCUCUGUUAUCAGACCUGAUAAUCAAACAGGGAGCAUACGCACCCUUCUGUCUGACUCCACUACUUUACACAUUCAUACAAAAAACGAUAUGCGUCAUAUUAUAUAUAAGUGGAUCAAAGUUUUGUUUUUGGCUCCUACAUUGUGGGUUCUGUACUAUGUAUUAUGUAAAAAAGGAGAACUGAAGGAGUUUGAGCAGGACAAGUCACUCAUGGAGACACCUACAGAGGAAACAACUGUUAACAUGUUUUCAUUGAAAACAUGCAGGGUUGGCUGAACAGCUCACUGAAAAAUAAGAAUGCUCAGUGUGUAGAGCAUUCACCCUCUAAUCAAAAGGCCAAGGGUUUGUUCCCAGCUCUCUCCAGUGCGUACUGCCAAUGUAUCAGUAGUGUGACAUGUAUUUGGCCCUGUUAUGCAAAUUCUGAUGCUGAAAAACAAAUGAGAAGAUGUGCCUUUGUUGAAGUGGUCAGCUCUGGACUGUUCAAGAGACUUCACUAUUUAACAAAGUUCAUAUUUUUGUAUUAUUCAACUGUACCCACAUACACAUGAAUAGGUCAUAACAUGAAAUGAAUCAUACUUUACUAAAUUCACAAUUUUUCUUAGACUUGUGGUUAAACCAGUUGGACAAAAUAUUUCUGCCGCCUUUGAAAUGCCCAGUAAGUACAGGUGGUCCUGGAUUUGAGUUCAGGGUGACAUGCAGCCUUGCUGUGAAGAGUUUGCAUGUUCUCCCCGUGUUUGUAUAUGAUUCCAUCUGAUGCUUUAUUCUUCCCUUCCACUAAAACAUGUACAUCCACUAAAACAUGUACAUCCACUAUUCUUCCCUUCCACUAAAACAUGUACAUCCACUAAAACAUGUACAUGGUCCCCUCUCCUGCCAGGAUUCCCCUGGCAAUCAGAUCUUGGCUCUGUAUCUGCAAUCUCCAAGCAAUGUCUAUAUGUUACAACUCCUAUCCACAGAAACAUGAAUGUCUAACCAUAAACUGUAUUUAAUG